AUUUCUAUUUCUAUUUUCACUCACAAAAUGCAAAAUUUGUAAUAAUAGGAAUCGGGAAGCUUUGAGCUUUGUUUCCGGCUGAUUGUAAAAAUACGUUGUCUCCAUUGAAGGGGAGUGGAAGCGAGAGAGAGAGAUCCCAUCUGAGAUAUUUGUGGCAAUGAAUAAGAAAAUUGCAGGAUCGUCCUCAAGACCAAGAAAGCCCACAGGUACGGUUUUACCAUACCAAACCCAGAGAAUAAGGGACCACUAUUUCUUGGGCAAGAAGCUUGGGCAAGGUCAAUUUGGCACCACCUACCUAUGUACCCACAAGGUUACUGGUAUCCGUUACGCUUGCAAAUCUAUCCCAAAGCGCAAGCUCGUCUGCCGUGAAGAUUACGAUGACGUCUGGAGGGAGAUCCAGAUCAUGCAUCAUUUGUCUGAGAACCCAUUCGUGGUUCAGAUCAAGGGAACUUAUGAAGAUGCCGUGUUUGUUCAUUUGGUUAUGGAGCUUUGUGCGGGUGGGGAACUUUUUGAUAGGAUCGUGGCUAAAGGUCAUUAUAGUGAAAGAGAGGCUGCUAAGCUUAUCAAAACCAUUGUUGGUGUCGUUGAGGCUUGUCAUUCCCUUGGGGUUAUGCAUAGAGAUCUCAAACCUGAGAAUUUCUUGUUUGAUACUCCCGCUGACGAUGCCGUUCUCAAGGCUACCGAUUUUGGCUUGUCCGUCUUCUAUAAACCAGGACAGUAUUUUAGUGAUGUUGUUGGGAGUCCCUUUUAUGUUGCGCCAGAGGUUUUGUUGAAGCAUUAUGGACCAGAAGCAGAUAUAUGGAGUGCUGCUGUUAUCCUAUACAUCUUGUUGAGUGGGGUUCCGCCAUUUUGGGCAGAAACUGAUUCAGGAAUCUUCAGACAGAUUUUACAUGGAAAAGUUGAUUUUGAAUCUGAGCCAUGGCCUAGUAUCUCUGAAAGUGCAAAAGAUCUGUUAAGAAAGAUGCUUGAAAGGGACCCACAGAAAAGAAUUACUGCCUAUGAGGUUCUAUGUCACCCAUGGAUUGUGGAUGAUAGAGUUGCCCCAGACAAACCUCUGGAUUCCGCUGUAUUAUCACGUUUGAAGAAGUUCUCAGCAAUGAACAAACUUAAAAAGAUGGCUCUGCGUGUCAUAGCAGAGAGACUCUCUGAGGAAGAAAUUGGUGGCUUGAAAGAGUUGUUCAAAAUGAUUGAUACAGACAACAGUGGGACGAUUACAUUUCAGGAACUCAAAGAUGGUUUAAAGAAAGUGGGAUCUGAACUUACAGAAACGGAAAUCAAGGAUUUAAUGGAAGCUGCUGAUAUUGAUAACAGUGGAACAAUUGACUAUGGUGAAUUCCUUGCUGCUACACUGCACAUAAAUAAGAUCGAGAGAGAGGAAAACUUAGUUGCUGCUUUCUCCUUUUUUGACAAAGAUGGUAGUGGUUACAUCACCAUUGAUGAACUUCAACAAGCUUGCAAAGAGUUUGGUCUAGGUGAUGUGCAUUUGGAUGAGAUGAUCAAAGAAAUUGACCAAGAUAAUGAUGGGCGAAUAGACUAUGGGGAGUUUGCUGCAAUGAUGAGAACGGGUGAUGGGGGUAUGGGAAGGAGCAGAUCAUUGAGAAGCAGCCUGACCUUCAGCAUAGCCGAUGCCUUUGGAAUGAAAGACCCAACACAGGAUAUUAAAUGAAACCAUGGUACUUGGAUAUGAGUGUCGGAUACAGGUAUGUAUCCAACACAGGUAUGUUUAAAAUUUUCAACGUUUUUCCAUGUAUUUAGAAGGUCCUUGAAUUGUUAUAUCUCUAUACCGAUGUUCGAAUAUGCACAUCCCAAAUGGGUGUCGAACACAGGUAUUUCAAGAAAUGGAGAGUCGUAACAACGUAGAAUGAAAUCUAAUCUCUUGCAUAGUUAGCUGCACUUUUUCAAACUGAAAUUGAAGGUUAGUUACACUGACGUAACGUUCCAUUUGAGUUGCCAUAGGGUGUCUAUGCUUCUUUAGGUUGAUGGAUGAAUUUUAUUCACUCAUUUACUUGGAUGGAUGAAUUUUAUUCACUCAUUUACUUAGGAAUGUGAAGACUGUCAUUUUCUUGCCUAGCUUAAUAAUGGUUAGAGGAAAUGGCUCAGCUGCUAUGCUUUUCAGUAGAAUAAAUAGUCAGUGUAGUUCACUAAUUGUCGGCAUGAUAGAAGUUUGUAGCCAUCAGACAAUUAGUGCUUGUAAUUUUCUAUUUAUAAUGAAACAAUAAUGUUUGUUGCUUUAA